GCGUCAGUCACUGCCACGGCGGCGACAGCUGGACCGAAGUGCUGAACGACCCGCGAGGCAGCCUACCCAGAGGUGAGAGAGAGAGAGAGAGAGAGACAGAGAGGGAGCCUGUCUCUCAGACCCCUGAGCCUGCAUGCUGGAGGACAGAAGAGGGAAGUCAGAGCACGUGAGCCUGCGGCUGAGGUCUGCCUGAUCAGUUUAGAAUUGGUGAAUCUGCGAGAGUCCAGUGAAGAGAGAGGCCAGACUUUUAUUGACGCCACUGUGCUUUCUUGGACUCUGCCAUGGCUCUGCUUGUUCAUUUCCUGGCCUGUGCAUUUGGGCUCGGGUCCUGGGUGGCCAUCAACGGCCUGUGGGUGGAGCUGCCCCUGAUCGUGAACGAGCUGCCAGAGGGCUGGGACCUGCCCUCCUACCUGACGGUCAUCAUUCAGCUGGCCAACCUGGGGCCCCUGCUGGUCACCCUCAUGCACAAACUCUGCCCGGGGCGGCUGAAGGAGACGGCGGUCAUAUACACCAUCCUGACCAUCGGGAUCCUGGCCUGCUUCCUGCUGGCCUUCUUCUGGAAGGUGACCACGGUCAUGGCAGGAGCGCUCCACAGCACCGCCUUCCUGGUCAUGACCUUCUUCCUGUCGCUGGUGGACUGCACGUCGUCCGUCACCUUCCUGCCCUUCAUGAUGCAGCUGCCGCCGAAGUACAUCACCACCUACUUCAUCGGCGAGGGCCUCAGCGGCUUCAUCCCAGGGCUGGUGGCCCUCGGGCAGGGCGUGGGCAUCGCCAGGUGCGUCAACAUCACCCGUGGCCCGAACGACACCAGCCCCGUCAGGGCAGUGGCUGCCAGCGAGAGCCUCUACACCAUGCAGACCGAGUACCUCCCGCCAAACUUCUCCACAGAGGUCUUCUUCUUCUUCCUGGCCGCCAUGAUGGCCAUCAGCCUGUUGGCGUUCGUGCUCCUCGGCCGGGUGCCCCGCACGUUCGAGCUGUCCACGGAGAACCUGGUUUCUGACACUGUCUCUUCCGUCUCCUCUGGCCUGGACAAUCCUGUGGCAUCCAACCAGAAAGCCCACAGUGGGAAGAGCGAGGAGGCCGGCCAGUCCAGGCCGUUGCUGGGUAAGCCAGGCUACUCGGUCUCACAGCUGGCCUUCAUCUACUUCCUGGUGGUCUGGGUGAACGGCCUGACCAAUGGUGUGCUGCCGUCAGUCCAGACGUACUCCUGCAUGCCCUACGGGAACAUCGCGUACCACCUCUCUGCUGCUCUGGCAUCCAUGGCAAACCCCUUGGCUUGUGUUAUUGCCAUGUUUCUUCCUAAAAGGUCGCUGAGGUUCCUGGGCAUGCUGUCCUUGCUGGGGACUGGAUUCGGAGCGUACAACAUGGCCAUGGCAGCCCUGAGUCCCUGUCCCCUCCUCCAGGCCUCUGCGGCAGGGGAGGCCUUAAUUGUGCUGUCGUGGAUCUUCUUCACCGGGACGCUGUCCUACGUGAAGGUGAUGGUGGGAGUCAUACUGCGGGACCAGAGCCACAGCGCCCUGGUCUGGUGUGGAGCCGCGGUCCAGGUGGGCUCCAUGGUUGGGGCGCUCAGCAUGUUCCCCUUGGUCAACGUGUACCACCUGUUCCAGUCCGGGGACAUCUGCAACACCAAGUGCUCAUUGUAAUUACCAGUGCUUCACGGACUUAAGACACCAUGUGUUACGCGCGCGGGGUCAGGCUGAGAGCACUGGGCUGCAGGCUGGAGGUGCCACGGGUUCAAGUCCUGGCUGUAACACUGCUGUCGCACCCUUGAGUGAGGUGUUUAACCUUAGUAACUCCUUUAAACAGAAUGACUGAACAUUUGAAGAAUGUGUGCAAUGUAAAAGUGUAUUUUUAACACUGGCUGGGUGAUGUUAUUGUCUACAGUAUCUUUAAAUGCUAUUUACAUUUUUUAUAUACAUAAAUUAUACCACUGUCCUUUCUUAUGCAUUUAUUGAAGCAUAAAGCAGAUGUGUUUAAGAAUGUUAUACAAUGAUGUGUAUAUUAACUGAAAACAAUUUUGUCUGUGGCCCAUUGUGUUGGAGAUUCAGUCGAUUACUCAGGAACUCAUGCAUUUUUCAUCUGAUAUAUUACAGAUUUGACAGAACAAAACUAAAAACCUGAAUAAAAUUUUAUUAAAACUAACAUCCUACGAAAUGUGAAUGGUCUGACCUGAUUUUGAAGUUCAGUUGGCAUUAACCACCUAAAAUCUUCACUGGUUUUUUUGUUGUCUGAUAUUCCAACUUUUGAACACUAGGGGGAGAUAUUACAUUUUACUGGAACAAUCAUCAGUCAAAUGAGGGACGCCACGGACGAGCGCGUCAAACAUGCGUCACCACAUUCACUGUGCUACUCCUCUGAAUUGACUCUAGAAAAUCAAUUGACAUGGUUUUUUUUCUGCACAAUGGAAUAUUUGCGUUUGGACGAAUGUAGUUUGGGUAUCACACCAACUGGAAAAUGCAUUUAAAAUAAAUAUUACAAAGCAAAA